AUGCCUUUAGAACUAGAGAAAGUUAUCCGUUCAACUGUCAAUUGGCCUCCCAGCGUUUGGGGCGACCAAUUUCUUUCCUACAACCAGGAAGAAGAUCUAUCGGGGCUUGAAAAAGAAGUCGAAAAAUUGAAAGAAGAGCUAAGGAAAGAAAUUUCAGAAACUUUGAACGUUGCUACACAACAUACAAACUUGUUAAAACUGAUUGAUGCGAUCGAACGCCUAGGUGUUGCAUACUACUUUGAAGACGAUAUUGCUCAAGUCUUGCGGCACUUCUAUGAUGCAUAUGGUGACCAUUGGAAAGGCGACGGUGUUUCCAUUUGGUUUCGGCUCAUGAGACAACAUGGAUAUUAUGUUUCAAGUGAUAUCUUCAGAAACUACAAGGACAAAGAUGGAGCUUUUAAAGAGCCCUUGGAAAAUGAUAUUCAAGGUUUACUUGAUUUGUAUGAAGCAACUUAUCUAAGGGUUCCUGGAGAAAUAACAUUAGAUGAUGCUCUUGCUUAUACAAAAACUCGGCUUAAUGACAUAGCUAAGGAUCCUCUUAUAAGUAACCCUAUCCUCUCUUCACAUAUACAAGAAGUUUUGGCGCGACCUGUUCAUAAAACCUUGCCAAGACUCGAGGCAUUGCGCUACAUACCUUUCUAUCAACAACUGGCUUCUCGCAAUGAGUCUUUACUAAAGCUUGCCAAGUUGGGGUUCAAUCUUCUUCAAUCACUACAUAAGAAAGAACUUUGCCAAAUUUCCAUGUGGUGGAAGGGCUACAAUGUUCCUACUAAUUUAUCUUAUGCAAGAAAUAGACUGGUUGAAUGUUACUUUUGGGCAUUAGGUGUCUACAUUGAACCUCAAUAUUCUCAAUCUAGAAUGUUUGUGGCGAAAAUACUUGCAGUGGCAACACUUUUAGAUGACACAUACGAUGCUUAUGGAACUUACGAGGAACUUGAAAAGUUUACGGAAGCAAUUAAUAGGUGGUCAAUUGCAUCCUUGGAGGGUCUUCCAGAACAAAUGAAGUUGAUAUACCAAAUGCUCGUGAAUAUAUAUGAAGAUAUGGAAGGGGUUUUGAAAAAGAUGGGAAAAGCACAUCAUCUUAACUAUAUUAGAGAAGCAAUGAUGGAAUACAUUGGGUGCUACUUGACAGAGGCGAAAUGGGCAAAUGAAAGAUAUAUACCACCGGUGGAAGAGCACCAAGAAGUCAGGGUUGUUAGUAGCGGAUACAAAUUCACCCUGAUCGCAAGUUUUGCUGCCAUGGGUGAUAUAAUCACCGACGAAACAUUCAAAUGGGCUCUCACUAUGCCUCCCCUUGCCAAAUCGUGUUGUGUGCUUUGUAGGACAAUGGAUGAUCUUGUCACCCGUGAGGAUGAGCAAGAAAGAAUGCACGUUGCGUCUGGCAUUCAGUGCUACAUGAAGGAAUAUGAUGUUAGUGAUGAGCAACAUGUUCAUGAUUUGUUUACUAACAAAGUUGAAGAAGCAUGGAAAGAAUUGAACAAAGAGUCCCUCACCUGUAAAGAUGUAGUUGAGUUACCUAUAAUUAUGCUUGUGAUCAAUUUGGCGCGUGUCAUGGAUGUCCUCUAUAAGAAUAAAGACCAUUUCACAUAUGUUGGACACGAGCUCAUGAAUCAUAUCAAGUGUCUUCUAGUCGAUGCUAUCGCUACAUAA